AUGAAGCGCUUCAGCCAGAGGGUGCUCUCGCGCGGCAAAGACCCCAACAAGCCUAAGAAGAACAAAGACUCCAAGGAUGGCACCGCAUCCCCGUCAUCCGUAGGUUCGGGCCGCGACGCCAACCAGUCCCCCAACCCGACGCCAUCGUCUUCGACGACCAAUCUGAACGAUUCUCGCAACAAGCCCCUGCCUCCCAAUAACGCCGGCGCUCAUCCCGGAGAUCACGGCGCUGCGAACCAGCCGUCUCCAUUGAGCAACCAGCAAGGUGCCGUCCCGGACCGCUACAGCUCUGCAGGUGCCGCUCAGGGUGCUAACGGUGGAGGUUCUCCAGCUCGCCACGGGACAUUGCCUCCCACGGUGAUCAUUAGCCCCAGUGCUCCGCAUGUCCCACCUCCCGGUGCCGCCGAGACCAUGCCGCAUGAUCUUGCGCCUCCGAAGGCGGGCACCAAGUCGCUCAUGUUCGACCGCCUCCACCAAACGCCCAAGGACGUGCCCGAGGGCCUCCGAACGCCCAAACGACAGCACUCGUCGAGAUUCGACAUCUCGGCCCACCGCGAGCUUGAGAAGCUCCCUGGCUUCCACGAGGUGCCCCCCAACCGCCGCCAGGAGCUGUUUAUGCAGAAGAUUGACCAGUGUAAUGUCAUCUUUGACUUCAACGAUGCUAGCGGCGACAUGAAGUCCAAGGAAAUCAAGCGACUGGCUCUCCACGAGCUGCUCGACUACGUUGCCAACAACCGCCAAGUCAUUACCGAACCCAUGUAUCCCAGAGUCGUUGAAAUGUUCGCCAAGAACCUCUUUCGCCCCAUUCCUCCCCCGAUGAAUCCCCAGGGAGAGGCGUUUGACCCCGAAGAGGACGAGCCCGUCUUGGAGGUCGCGUGGCCCCACAUCCAGGUCGUCUACGAGUUCUUCCUCCGCUUCAUCGAGAGCCAGGACUUCAACACCAACAUUGCCAAGGCUUACAUUGACCACAGCUUCGUUCUGCAACUGCUAGAGCUGUUCGACUCUGAGGACCCGCGCGAGAGGGACUUCCUCAAGACGACGCUGCACCGCAUCUAUGGCAAGUUCCUUAACCUGAGAUCGUUCAUCCGCCGCUCCAUCAACAACGUCUUCUUUCAAUUCACCUACGAGACAGAACGAUUCAACGGCAUUGCGGAGCUCCUGGAGAUUCUGGGUUCCAUUAUCAACGGUUUUGCCCUGCCCUUGAAGGAGGAGCACAAAACCUUUUUGACCCGCGUGUUGAUACCAUUGCACAAAGUCAAGAGUCUGAGCAUGUACCAUCCUCAGUUGGCAUACUGCAUUGUCCAGUUUCUGGAGAAGGACGCGUCACUGACAGAGGAGGUCGUCCUCGGCUUGCUCCGAUACUGGCCCAAAGUCAACAGCACAAAAGAGGUUAUGUUCCUUAACGAGGUCGAAGACAUCUUCGAAGUCAUGGACCCGGCCGAGUUCGCCAAAGUUCAAGAGCCGCUGUUUCACCAGCUGGCUAAGUCCGUCGCCAGCCCUCACUUCCAAGUCGCUGAGCGCGCGCUGUAUUUCUGGAACAAUGAGUACUUUUGUAACCUGGUUAGCGACAAUGUGGAGAUCAUCCUGCCCAUCAUGUUUGCGCCACUCUACGAGAACUCCAAGGGGCACUGGAACCGCACUAUCCAUGGCAUGGUUUACAACGCGAUGAAGCUUUUCAUGGAGAUCAACCCCCAGUUGUUUGACGACUGCUCCCACGACUAUACUGAACAGCAAAACAGCGCGGCGGCCAGAGAAGCAUUGCGCGAGAGAAAGUGGGCUUCGAUUACGGACCAGGCUGAGCAGAGGCGGUCGGCGAACGGUGCCUCCGGCACCGGCAGAGCACAUGCUGGGUCUUUGUCCCGUGUUGACGAAGUUGACGGCACCGAGGAUAAUCAGAAGCGACUAGACUCUCUCAAGCUGCAAGAUGGCGAUCGCAGGGAUCGUAGGCUUGAGCGACAAGACUCGGUAGGAUAA